GGCGCUGUGUUUCCGCUCUCAAAUCUGCAGAAGAAGAAGAACUUGGAGGCGGAAGUAGACAGAGGCGUAGUCUGUGCAGAAGAAGCUGAGUAGCUGCAGGUCUCUAGCUGGUCUCUAGCUGGUCUCUAUGGCGGGUUCAGGAUCUAAUUCAGGAAACCGCGACUGUCCAGACUCGGUGUCUCCUCACGCUUCCAUGACGAGGAACUCGGAUGACUUUUUCGCUACGGUGAACAAGCUCACGUCCGAAGCUCGGAACAAGGCGUGUAACAGGUAUAAACAGUUUGACCCGCCUUUCGUCGCAUUCCCCAACACCCAGAACCCCUGUGGCGCCGGCGACUUUGUUACAGACGAGAUGUCUGGGUACGGGGGUAUAGACUUUGUUGCGGUGGAUGAAUUCCGAAAUGGUUACGGCUUUAACGACUCCAGGAGGUCCAGGACUCACAGAGGCAGAUGGGCUGGACGCAACGGGGGUUACUACGAGCGCCCAGAACGUGGGGGUUACCCUCCUCGCCACUACCGACGGGGCAGAAGGGGCAAUCUCAGGAGACAUGGGAAAGGACCGGACAUUCUCAGUGGAGGCAGUGAAUCCGGGCCUGGGCCUGUGCCCGGGUCUAUGGGUGCGGUCCAGAGAACUUUCAGCCCUACGGGGAUGGACCUCGGGGCAGAGCUUGAUUACAUCAGCAGGAGGAGGGAGAAAGAUAAGCUAAGGAAACGCAGAAGGAGAGCGCUGAAGGCUGCGGCAAAGGCGCAAGCAGCGAAGACGGCGCAGGAAGCACCGGACCUCCGUAUUAUAGCAACAGUAGAUGAAGCAGCUGGUGCAGGAACUGAAACGCUGCAGGUUCAACCCGAGCAUGACGUGAGGAAGAGGAAGGAGAGGCCGACCGCAGACGACGAGCCGGAGCGUAAAACUGUCAGGACUGAGCCCUCAGGAGGUGACCAUUCCAGCACUGAAAAUUCCACCAACAAGAUGGAGGCAGCUGAGAGAACUCAUAGAACUGCCUCCAACCCAGCAGCUCCAGGACAUAGUACUGUUUUAUCUAUUGAAGAGGAACUUGCUCGGCUUAAAAUGAAGCUCCAGCAGAAGAAGGUUCCACUCUCGGACAGUGCAGGUCACACCGAGGAGACCAAGGAGGAUGUGACUCCUGCCCCAGCCUCCACAUCAGCAGCAGAAGGACAGAGCUUCAAGAAGAAACAUCUGGAAGCCAAGACUGAGCACGCGACGCAUUCCACAAAGCCAUACAGCAGACGGCUUCGGAAGCUCCAUAAUGAACAGAGGAAGCAGGGCUACUUCGGAAUGAAGAUCACAGCCCAGAGGCUAGCUUUUAUAUGUUCGGUGUGCAAGUUCCGCUCAUUCUACAGGAAGAAUAUGACAGCGCAUCUGCAGAGUCAAUUCCACAAAGAUCACUUCAAGUUCCUGUCCGAACAUCUCCCCAAAGCCACUGUGGACUUCCUGCAGUCACAUUUCAGUAAUAAGCAUAAGAAGGUUGAAAAUCUCAUUAAUCAGAUACCAGAUCACCGUGCUACCAUCUGUCAGCUGUAUGAAGAUCAGGACCUGACUCAAGAUAUCAGUAUGGAUCACUUCAUGAGGAAGGCAGAAGCAGCUCACUGUCUAGCGUGUGAUGUAUACAUGCCCAUGCAGAAGACUUUAAUUCAGGAACACCUCAACUCUCCUGAUCAUAAAUGCAACUGCCAGGCCAUGAUGGUACAUUCCAAACAAUCAGGGCUGUCCAUUGCCCAGAGCAUCCUUAGUGAAAGAUACAUCCGCAAGAAGCUGAAACUUUACCUUAAAGACUCUGUGGUAACGGAUGGGCCUGAAGUGGAACCAGAAGAAGCAUGGUCAGCAGGGCAACGGACAGCUCCAGAAACAGAUAUGAUGACUCAAGAGGCGGAGCUAUGUGAAUGUGUGAACCGAGCUGUAAAGAGAAGAAGAGAUGAGGAAAACCAAGAGGGGGAGCUAUGUGGACAGGUCAAUCAAGCUGGAGAGAGAAUAAGAGAUGGGAAAGACCAAGAGGCGGAGCUAUGUGGACAGGUCAAUCAAGCUGGAGAGAGAAUAAGAGAUGGGAAAGACCAAGAGGUGGAGCUAUGUGGACAGGUCAAUCAAGCUUUAGAGAGAAUAAGUGAUGGGAAAGACCAAGAAGCGAGGUCAUUGUGUGGACAGGUCAACCAAGCUGUAGAGAGAAGAAGAGAUGGAAAAGACCAAGAGGCCGAGUCAUUGUGUGGACAGGUCAACCAAGCUGUAGAGAGAAGAAGAGAUGGAAAAUACCAAGAGGCCGAGUCAUUGUGUGGACAGGUCAACCAAGCUGUAGAGAGAAGAAGAGAUGGAAAAGACCAAGAGGCCGAGUCAUUGUGUGGACAGGUCAACCAAGCUGUAGAGAGAAGAAGAGAUGGAAAAGACCAAGAGGCCGAGUCAUUGUGUGGACAGGUCAACCAAGCUGUAGAGAGAAGAAGAGAUGGAAAAGACCAAGAGGCCGAGUCAUUGUGUGGACAGGUCAACCAAGCUGUAGAGAGAAGAAGAGAUGGAAAAGACCAAGAGGCCGAGUCAUUGUGUGGACAGGCAGUCCAGGCUGCAGGGGCAGUAAUAAAUAAGAAGGGGCAGCAGUCAGAGGCAGUGUGUGAAGAGACGGUUCCAGCUGUAGAGACAAUAAAGAACGUACCUGAGGAACCUGAACAGCAUCAUCCAACAAAUUCGCUGUUUGACCUGCUGGAUGACGAGGAUGAUGUAGAAGGUGUGGAGUUGGGGGAGGAAGAAAUGGGAGAGGCUGACAUUUGACCUCUCUGACCCUUUAUUAGUCUCUGGGCUGUUCUCUGCAGAUUCAUGGAAGUUUCUUACAGGAGUUUAGUAGAUGUUAUGUAGGAAUUUUUUCUUGAGCACUUUUUAUUUUCUCCAAAAGCACAGUGCUGUCCUCAAAUGUGGAACCUUUCAGCACUUUACCACAGUGAAACCAGCAGUCUGUGCUCACCAUACACUGGGCUCUGGACUCCAGUGACCUCACUGGCCCUCCCGGUGUCCUAAACCUCUUCAGCACAUCUGCAGGACUUCACUGAAGAGCUGGAAGCAAAGGUGGAAGAGGUUUUUGUUUGGUGUGUGUGUAUGAAGUUUCAUAGCUUUUUGUGUGAAACUCAACACUGUGACUUCACUCACCACAUCAGACUCGGCUGAUCGACUGCAUCGGGAGCAGCAGGAGGGAACAUGGUGUGUGUUUAAAUUGUUGUUGUUGUUGUUGUUGUUGUUGUUGUUGUUGAUAAACCAGUCUACUGAAUGCUGCAGUUUUCAUUGACAUGUUUAAUGGGAAUUUAUUUUCGUUUUUCAUUAAACAUGAGAACUGAUAAAUACAAGAAACUCACAUACAGUGUGUGAAAGCUGUGGGAUGAACAAACAGAUGUGAUAAACCCGGAUACAAAGGGUCUCUUAAAUGUAAAAUUAUUUUUUUAGCAAUACUCACAAAUGAUUCUUGAUAAAAUUCCUCCAUGAAAAAACAUAAUUAUUUGUAAAAAAAAAAAAAAAAAAAAAAAAAACAGGGCCAAUAAGCCCAAAUUGUGUCCUCUAGUUGUCGCUAUGGUGUUUAUAAGAUUCACAGCUCGAGGUUAGUAAAGGUUUAUCUGAAUUCAACCCUGCCUCCAGGUUGUGAGUUUGGAUCCAAACAGAACUAUUCUCCUUCACGGUACAGAACAACGGAAGCUCUGUCUUUAAGAUUAUUUCCCAAAAUCAGAAAACAAGGUCUGUUUGCUGGAGUCCUCACCUGUCAGGGAAGUUUAUUAGGUUUAUGUAUUAAUAAAAAUACACAAGAAAUAUUUUAAUGAUCAAAUGUAGAUAAUAUGAUUAGCUGAAAUAAAUGAAAACUUAUGCUGGGAAUUUCUGAUACUUUAUGUCCAUAAUUAAUAAAUAAAUUAAUUAAUUAGUAAAAUAAUAAAUGUAAUUAAUUUUGUAUGAA